GAUACACACUCCCAGUCGCCUCACCCAGACACCCACGGAUAUUGUUACAGUUAUAUCAGCGCAAUGGAGUUAUUCAAGGAGGCAGUGGACUACCUUGAGACACAGCAUAUCCUAGUGGAGGCUGCAGGUGGUACAGGGCCUGAUCCACUGGAGGAUGAUGUGUUUCCAGAGGAGGAUGUGUUCUCCCCCCUCCAGACAGACAGCAUGGACCUGCCCGACACCCCCGUCCUGCGUACCCUGGAAGAGAUGCUGGUUAGGAGGCUCAUGGUCCUGAGAACGGUCCUGGACAGUGAGAAGAUCUACCUCAAUGAGCUAGAGACACUGUUAAUGCCUAUGAAGGCCUUGAAGGCCACAGCAGGGACGUCCCAGCCAGUUCUGUCCAGCCAGCAGGUCCGAACUGUGUUCUAUCAGGUGCCUGAGCUCAGAGACCUGCACAGAGACUUCUACACUUGCCUGAGGGACCGCCUGGGGCUGCUGGGGCCACAAAUACACCCAGAGACAGACCCGGGGCAGGGGCCGGGGAAAGAGCAGGGCCAAAUGGGCUUCCACCUAACUGUUGGAGACCUCUUCCUUAAGAUUGUGAGCCAGAUAGGUGUGUAUCGUGGUUUCAUAGAUAACUAUGAGAGUGCUGUGGAGAUCGUGAGGAGGUGUACUCAGACUGACAAGCGCUUCAGAAUACUGGCUGAGAGUAUGAUGUUUUAUAAUGGAUCAGACAAAUCGAAGACGGAAUACACCUUUGAGGCUCUGCUGUACAAGCCUCUGGACAGAGUCACCAAGACAACCUUAGUGCUGCAUGACCUACUGAAGCACACUCCCCAGACGCAUGGUGACCACCCCGUGCUGCUGGAGGCUCUGAGACUCUCCCAGAGCUUUCUGUCUGGGGUCAACGAGGGGUCACAGUGCAAACAAGAGGUCACCCUCAGCAGGGGCAUGCGGCGUCAGUUGAUGCGUGAUGGCUUCGUGGUGGAUGUGUGUGAGGGGGGGCGUAACCUUUGCCAUCUCUUCCUGUACACUGACCUGCUGCUAUGCACCAAACUCAAGGGCGGGGCUCAAGGUAAGCAGGCCCAGUACAGGUUCUGUUGGUACCUGCCUCUAGCUGGACUGAAACUCCGCUGGGGACCAGAGAUGGAGCGCACCACAGACACACACCAGCGCAUACACACCAUGAGAGCUAAGAUGUACGUGCUCAGACACGAACUGCGACAGAUCAUGAAGCCUGUCCCACUGAAGUCCUUGGCCGCUCGAACUUCAGAGCGAGGCAGGAAGAAGAUGGAGCACCUUGAACUGAUGUUUCUCACACAGUCUCCCUUCCUCCCCCUGGAACUACACAGCCCCAGUGGCAAGAGCCACACUCUGGUGAUGUCAUCUCUGUAUGAACUAGAGGAGUGGAGAGAGGCCAUCCACAGACUCACCAGAGAUAACAUAGAAACGGUUCCUCCAGAUCUGCUCACCUUGACCAGCUCCUGUGUCAAACUGAGAAUGACCCAACAGCCUCCCCUACACGGCAUACUGCCUCAAAGUGAGGAGGAGUCUCUAUGUGGGACUCUCAGUGUAGCCAUUCACUCUGCCUGUGGAUUACAACAGCCGGCCAGUGUGUAUGUGUGUGUGGAGGUGGAUGGCUUUGAGUUCUAUGAGAGCCAAGCCCAGACCCAUUCCUCUGUCAGCAGUCUCAGCCCUCACUGGGAACAGGAGUUCUCAUUCCAGGUGGAUGGGGCUCAGAACCUCAGGGUGCUGGUUGUGUUACAGCCAGAGGAAGAAAAGAUCUGUGAGGGCCAAGUCCUUGGCAAGACCUCCAUACAGCUGGACCCAUCCCUCCUACAGAAGCGAUGGAGGAGACAGACCGUAUCUCUAGGCCAGGUGGUUGUGAGUCUGUCUCUAAAGUACUACCCUCACCCUCUAGACCGGCCCAGUCUGGCCCCCGCCCAGCAACAGCGCAUCUUCUGCAUGCCCAUUGGAGCUGUGGCACAACAGGAGGGAGUCCUGGUGCCACAUGUGGUGCGUUGCUGUGUAGAGGAGGUGGAGAGGAGAGGAAUGGAGGAGGUGGGCAUCUACAGGCUAUCAGCAGCUACCAGUGACAUCAACAACCUCAAGACUGCCUUCAACACCAACCUGCGUGAGGCAGUGUCCAGGUUGAGGUGUGUAGAUGUGAAUGCUGUCUCAGGUAUACUGAAGCUCUACUUCAGGGAGCUGCCGGAACCCCUUAUACCUACAGAGCUGUUUCAGAGCUUCACCAAGGCGUUGGACAUCCCAGACCUGAGCUCCAGGAGUGUGUCCAUGUUGUCUCUGCUCCAGUCCUGUCCCUCCGUCAACCAAAACACCUUCCUGUUCCUCCUCCACCACCUCAAACGAGUGUCAGAUAGACAGGAUGUGAACAAGAUGCCUCUAAUGAACCUGGCCACUGUGUUUGGUCCCAGUCUACUGCGCCCCCCGGUGGCUGUUCUGGGGCAGAGCAGCCCGGCAGUGGACAUUUCUCAGGAGGUGGUGGUGCAGGUCCAGGUUGUGUAUUCCUACCUGCAGUGUGACAACCUGCCAGCAGCCCAGACCUGCUUAGCACAUGACACAGCGACCUGCGACAGCGACUGAGGAGGAUUAGACAACCAGCAAGUGAACCAACCCCUGGAAACAUCACGGUUGGCCAACAGAAACUAAGGGGAGGAAAAAAAGAAGACUUGUAAAACUACAGACACUGUAAAGAUUAAAUGUAUUUAUUUGGGUUGAUAGACCUGUCCUUUACUUUAUAUGAGGCACUAGGUCGUAGGAGGUAGAGAAAUGGACAGCAGAUGGAUUUGGGGGUGGGUUGUUGGGAUUGGGGUGUGUCUGUGUUUCACACAGUGCAGAUGUUGUAUAAAGGUUGGAGGUCACCUCACUGGCUUGAAAUCCCAUCAGUUAUGGUUCAAAUCCAACUAGACGGAGUUCACACACACACACACACACACACACACACACACACACACACACACACACACACACACACACACACACACACACACACACACACACA